UACACGCUAAGGAAGAAGAAAAGGAAAGUGCAGUUGAAACUGAUCCACGCUGAGUAAAGUAAGAACUCACCGAAUUUGAGUUAAACUAACACUUUAAUAACUCGUAUAUCAUCCUUGACAAAUCCCGCCGUGAAAUCGAAGACCAGAUAAAGUACUGUGCUCUUUGACAACGACUCGCUUAUUCUGUACAUUUAAAAUAUUCAUACGUUGUGAACUUCUUAAGCUAGCUCGGCUACGGCUAGGCUAAGCUCUCCAUGGCUCCUCUGCGGGUUCUGUGCAUACACGGUUACCGACAGAACGGCAGCUCUUUCCGGGAGAAGACCGGAGCUCUGCGGAAGCUGCUGAAGAAACAAGUGGAGCUGGUGUACAUGAAUGCACCGCACUCAAUCAACAGUGAAGACACUUCAGAGAAGGAGAGUGGUUCGGAUGCUCCAGCUCCCGGUGGUUGUGAAGACUCCAGGGGUUGGUGGUUUUCUGAUGUCCAGGCUCGGAGCUUCAGUGCUCAGCAGCAGUGCGAGGAAAGCCUGGGCAUCGACGAGAGUGUGGCAGUUGUAAGAGAAGCUGUGAAGGACCAGGGUCCGUUUGACGGCAUCCUGGGCUUUAGUCAGGGAGCGGCUUUUGUAGCCAUGCUGUGCUCUCUCCAGGAGCGACGGCUGGAGCAUGAGUUCAGCUUUCGCUUUGCCAUCCUUGUCGCCGGUUUCCGGAGCGCGUGUACAGAACACAAUACUUUCUACAGCGCUCCCAUCCAGAUCCCCUCCCUGCACGUGUUCGGACUGGAGGACCGAGUCAUUCCUGGCAGCAUGAGCAAAGAGCUCCUCCCCUUCUUCCUCGAGCCUAAGGUCUUGGAGCAUCCUGGUGGCCAUUUUGUUCCUGCUGCCUCUGCUCACAGACAAACCUACCAGGAUUUUCUCAAGACUUUCCAAUGAGAGGAGCUACAACCUGUGAAUGUGUGUUAUUUAAUGUAAAGUCUUGACUUUAAAAGGAGGCCUUUUCCCUCUUCUCCAGAAAAGGUCAAUUAUUGUUCUUUCAGGGAAUAUGUCAUGUAGUUGGCAAUAAAUUAAAUGACAGUUAUAUAUUUUA